AUGAAUGCUUCUAGGGUUAAUGUUGGUGCUGGCAAACUUUCGCAUCACCUGCAGAAUGCACAAAACCGGCUUCUUCUGAAAGGAGGUACAGUGGUCAACGAUGAUCGCAUGUUUCCCGCUGACGUCUAUAUCGAGGAUGGCAUCAUCAGACAAGUAGGACUAAACUUGACUAUCCCUGGCGGCGUACGAACAAUCGAUGUGCAUGGAAAACUGGUUAUGCCCGGUGGUAUUGAUUCCCAUACCCACAUGCAAAUGCCAUUCAUGGGGACAUAUUCAGCCGAUGAUUUUUAUUCUGGUACCAAAGCCGCAUUGGCUGGGGGCACCACUAUGAUAAUUGAUUUCGUCUGUCCCAGGCGAGGCUCUUCCAUUUUGGAAGCCUACGAGGAAUAUCGUCAAAAUGCUGACAGUAAGGUCUGCUGCGAUUAUGCUCUCCACGUCAUUGUGCCACAUUUUGACAACAAAGUUGUUGAAGAAAUGGGGAUCUUGACGAAAGAGAAGGGAGUGAACUCCUUUAAAAGCUUCCUCGCCUAUCCUGACAUCUUCAUGCUUGAGGAUGACCAGCUUUACGAUUUCUUUGUUCGUUGUCGUGAACUUGGUGCUAUUGCUCAAGUUCAUGCUGAGAAUGGGAAACUUAUUGCUCGUAAGCAGGAAGAGGUAGUUAAGAAAGGCAUUCUUGGACCGGAAGGACAUUCCUACUCACAUCCUGAGGAGUGUGAAAUAGAGGCUACUGGGAGAGCCAUAACCCUGGCUGAUGCCGCCAACUGUCCUCUUUACGUUGUGCACGUGAUGAGCGCUGGUGCUGCGCAAAAAAUUUCUGAUGCGAGACAGGCUGGCAUUUUGGUUAUUGGAGAGGCGGUUGCUGCCGGUUUGGGUACCAAUAGUAGCCACUACUUCAACAAUUGCUGGCGUCAUGCCGCGGGCUAUGUGAUGAGUCCACCACUUAGGAGUAGCGGCACUGAAAUUAAGCUCAUGAAAGCACUUGCAAACGGCCACCUAGAGUGUACCGGAACUGAUCAUUGCGUCUUCAAGGCGGAUCAGAAAGCCCUUGGAAAGGAUGAUUUUAGAAAGAUUCCAAACGGAGUGAAUGGUGUGGAGGAUAGGAUGUCGGUUAUCUGGGAGAAGGGAGUUACCGCAGGUAUCAUUGACCCCUGUAAGUUUGUGGCGAUAACGAGCACCAACGCGGCAAAGGUGUUCAAUAUCUACCCACGCAAGGGUCGAAUCGAUGUGGGUUCUGAUGCAGACAUUAUAGUGUGGGAUGGUGAGGCAACCAGAACUAUUUCAGCUUCGACACACCACCAAAACGUUGAUUUCAACAUUUUUGAAGGCAUGGUUUGUCAUGGUGUACCUCAGAUCGUGAUAACUAAUGGCCAUGUGGUGGUGGAAGAAGACGGCUCCUUGAAGGUCAGUCAGGGAACUGGACGUUUCAUUCCUACACCUGCCUUUUCGCCCUAUGUCUAUUCCAAAGUUAAGGCCAGAAGCAAGUUGCGGGAAGUGGAACCGGUGAUACGCGAGCCCUACACGGGCCCAGUAAUCGACCUUUCUGCGGCCUUGCAAUCUAUGGAUGUGAAUAAGGCGGGAAUCUCAGCAAAUGCAGUUGGUGACCAGCAAAAGGACGCUCACUUCAGUCAGUUUCAUCACAGGCCUCCAACCAGCUCGGGCAGUCGAAAUAUGCAGGAUUCGAGCUUCUCUCUGAGUGGAUCUCAAUUCGAUGACUCGUUACCGUCACGCACCUCAACACGCACGAUGCAACCACCAGGAGGGAAAUCGACUUCACUUUGGUAG